AUGUCAUCAUCACGACCUCCUUCAGCUUCAAAGAUUACAAAGCCACCAUCACGACCUCCGUCUGCCUCACAAAAUACAAACGUUUCAACAGGGCCACGGAUCUCAUCUGCAUCAUCACGUUUGCGUGCUACUCAAAAUAAUCUUUCAUUCGAAGUCAAUGCUGAACAAAAAGCACAAGAUCGUAUUCGAACACAGUCAGAUGAUGAACGGGAACAAUUCAUUAUUAAUGUCUUUCAUGAAACAUUUGGAGAUGCUAUUCGUAAUAAUGAAGAUGCUUUUCGAAGUCGUUUCCGCAAAAUGGCUGAAAAUCCAUUCAAUUUCUAUCGCGGCUCAGCAGUAUUGUUCUAUUAUGAUUUAAAAAUCGAUCAAGAUCCUUGGAUUGCUCGAAAUCAACUAGCAGGCAAUAUAUUUAUUCAUGGUGAUUUGCAUGCAGAAAAUUUUGGUACCUAUAUGGAUUCACAUGGCAUAUUGCAUUUUGAUGUCAAUGAUUUUGAUGAAGGCUAUUGUGGUCCAUUUACAUGGGAUGUCAAACGACUUUUAGCAUCACUCUAUAUAGUAGCUUAUACAAAAGGUUUUUCUAACGAUACCAUUCGUCAAAUAUUGACAAGAUAUGCAGACACAUAUGUAAAACAAGUUUAUGAAUUUUGUAAUUCAUCAAAGGAUCAACUACCAUUAACAUUAAAACAAACGACAGGCAAAAUUCAAUUAUUAUUGAAGGAAACACGUAUACAAUCUCAUGUCGAACAUUUAGCGAAAAUGACAGUAAUCGAGAAUUAUGAACGUAAAUUUAAGCGUUCAAUAUAUACAGAUGUUGAUGCUCAAUUAUACAAAGAUAUAAAUGAUGCUUUCCAAACAAUAUAUCUUGAAUCCAUUCCAGAACCUAAGAAAAAUAUCCAAGGUCCAAGUGGUAGUAAUGUUUCAUGCAGCAUAAAAGAUAUUGUUAAAUGUUCCUCAAAGGGUAUUGGCUCUGCUGGUACAGAAUCUUAUACUAUUCUCCUCGAAGGUCCAACAGAAGCAUUAGAGAAUGAUAUUGUUCUUUCCAUGAAACAAGCUCUACCUUCAGCUGUGAGCUGUGUUGUCAAAAACUCUGAACUUGAAAAGUAUUUUGAACAUCAUGGCUUAAGAACUGUACUCUGUUCCUAUGCCAUGCAAGCAUCAACACCUCAAUGGCUGGGCUAUACGACAUUACACGGCAAGCACUAUCUUGUUGAUGAAGUAUCAACUCAUUCAAAAGGCCUUAGUUGGUCGAAUAUCAAUGAUCUCAAAGAUAUACUCGAAGUUGUUACGUAUUUGGGCAAAGUUACAGCUAAAAUUCACUGUGUUGCUGAUUCGGAUUGUACCAAUCUACCGAAGAAUCUUUCUAGUCUUCCACUUUCUAUCAUUCCACGCGAUACAGAAACGACAAUACGAGAUGCUAUCGGUGGUCAGGAUGAUGAAUUUAUUAAUGAUAUGGUCAAUUUUGGCAUGACUUAUGGAAAACAAGUUUAUCGAGAUCAUCGCAUAUUCAGUGACGCUGUGAUCAAUGAUCGCAUUUCUAGACUCGAAAAGAAAGAAUAA